AUUAAUCGAUAAAUUUUACCGCCCAGUGCUUAAAAACACCGCUAGAUGAGAUGAAACUCCCCAAAUCGGCUUGUAAAUCCAAUAAAAAGUUGACUGAGACUCGUCGGUUGUUAAGCAAUGUCGUUGCCGGCUGAAGAUGAUGAUUUGGCGGACACUGCCGCCAAGUACGACUCCAUCGAAUUGAAGAGCAUGCAGGACCUGGAAGCAUGCGAGCAGCAACAAUUGCUGCAGUACGUCGAAAAGCUGCACGGGAUUAUCCGCAAAUACGACACCAAACUGGCGGCAUAUAAACAAAAACUCAUACACUACCUAAGCCGGGAAGAAAAGAUUUCGUGUGACAAAGCCAGCCAAGCCACCGAGUCGGAUCCACAAGGAUGCCAGGAUUUCAUGGAAAACGAUGAGGAUACUGGGAAAAAGAACCAGCCCAACGAUUUAUCGGCGACGGACGCCUUCAGUUUUGUGGACGAAAUGCGACAGGCGGCCAAGCACGCCGAAAACCUGAACAACUUCGUUUACGAGCCCACCUCCGGCAUGUACUACGAUCCCAAGACGGGAUACUACUACAACGCGGAGUAUGGGCUGUACUACGAUGGUAACACCGGCUGCUACUACAGCUAUGAUCACGCCAAAGACUCGUACGAGUUCCAUUCGCAGGCCCAGGUGCAGGCGAACGAGGCGGCCAAACCAGAAUCGGAAGACGAGGAUCUGGAGGUGGAGUUCGAUGAGCUGGGAGGCGUCAUUACGGACCGCGAAACGCUGAAGAACAUUCAAGCCGAGAAGCAAAAGACCAAAGAUCAAGCUGAAAAAGCCAAGCGCAAGGCCAAGAAAAAGAAGAGUAAGAAGCACAGUAAGAAGAAAUGCAAGAAGGAGCAUCGUCACAAGUCCAAGAAGCGUCAUCGGCACUCCGAUGAUGAGCGGAUUAAUGACGCCGAGGAGGGCGAGCUGUCUCAAAGCAGCGACUCCAGCACCGACGAAAGCAGCAACGCAGAAAGCAGCAGCAACAGCAACACGGAGGACAGCAGUGUUCCAGUUUUCAAGGCUGCCGGACGCUUUCAAGACAUUGCUAAGAAGUAUCCACCCUCCCUGCGCAUCAUUGUCCAGGAGACCAAUGUAGAGUCGCUGAAAGUGGGAAGCCUGCAUCUAAUCACAUACAAAGGUGGAUCGCUUGGACGGGAGGGUGCCCACGAUGUUAUCAUUCCGGACGUGAACGUGAGCAAGUGCCAUUUAAAGUUUAAAUAUGAGAACAAGUUGGGAAUCUACAAAUGCCUGGAUCUCGGCUCUCGCAAUGGUACCAUCCUCAAUGGUUCCCCCAUGUCCAGCGACGCCAUGGAUCUCGUUCACGGCAGUGUUAUCGCUCUGGGCCAGACCAGACUUCUGUGUCAUGUCCACGAGGGCAACAGUACCUGCGGCUUGUGCGAGCCGGGUCUUUUGAUAGAGAAUCCUGCGCCGCCAGUAGCUGCAGUUGGCUCAUCCACCGCAUCCGUAUUAUCUCACAAGGAGCAGCUGAAAAAGCUGCAGCGCAAAUACGGCCUGGAAAAUGAAAAAUUCGUUGACACUGGCGGCAAUGGCCAGUCCAACUACAAUGAUCGGGCCGCAACAAGGCGAGUCCAGGUGGGCAGCAGCACGGAUAAGGAAAAGACUGAGGUGGCUUGUGUGAACACUGAAAUCGGUAGCUCCAAUAAGGGUUUUAAAAUGCUGAGUAAGCUGGGCUGGCAAAAAGGCGAGACUCUGGGCAAAACGAAUGCCAGUGCUGGACUUUUGGCGCCGAUCAAUGUGGUGGCCAAUGAGGGCACUAGCGGGUUGGGAAACAGUGACCCUGUGAUGACCAGCACUAGGCACGUUGACAAACGGAAGCUGGCCAACUUGAAGAUCACCCAGGCCCGAUAUCAGCGCGCCAAGGAUAUGUUUGGGCAGUCGGAUGAUAGUGAUUAGAAGAAAGGCACUUUCAAUGUUGUUGGAAACACAUUUAAUUAACAAUUACUCAAACAUAUUUAUAAGUGUAUGUAUAUAUAUAUGUAUGUAUAUACACAUCGAUUCUAUAUAUGUAUAUAUUAAUUCAAAAAUCUUGCUAUAAGGUUAAGCUAUCAGUCAAUUAAUUAAUUUAGCUUCGCUUACAAACAAAAUGAAUAGGGGAAGGUAAUGUUAAAUAAAUACGACUUCGCACACGUUGUUCUAAGCUAAUUGCGAGCCUAAUGGGCAUACAAACCGAACGUUUAAAUUAAUUACCGUGUAGCCUAAUGUUAAUGUUAAAUACAAAAGCCUCUUAAGAUA